AUGGUACAACAGAUUGAGGUGGAUGAGAUCCUAUUUGAAGGUGAUAUAGUUCUGGAUGAGAAGAACCGAGAUGUUGAUGAACCACAAGAACAAAAAAGAAACGCUCGAAGAGAUCGAUCAAAGAUUUGGAAGACCAAAGUUGUUCCUUAUGUCAUCGAUCAGUCCUUGAGAAGUCCCACUGAUGCUGGUCCACAUAUUCAACAAGCCAUUGCAGAGUUCCACAAGCAUACUUGUGUCAAAUUUGUCCCUCGUAAAAAUGAAAAAAAUUGGAUCAAGUUUGUGAAGAAAUCAGGGUGUUAUUCAAGCGUCGGUAAAAUCUACUGGAAAAGAGGAGGACAAGACGUCUCAAUUGGCCAAGGCUGCGCUCGCAAAGGGAUAAUCAUGCACGAACUACUUCACGCAUUGGGUUUCUGGCACGAACAGUCUAGACCUGACAGGGAUCAAUACGUGAAGGUUCUGUGGGAAAACAUUGCACGAGGAAAGAAACACAAUUUUGACAAAUAUGGCCAUGGUAAGAUCGACAGACUGAAAGCGGCGUAUGACCUAGGGAGCAUCAUGCAUUAUGGGAAAUACGAAUUUUCCCGAAACGGCAAACCCACAAUAGAGUCCAUCAGUAAUCCAAACCAGCAACUGGGACAAAGAAAUGGGUUUUCACAAACUGACAUCUUCGAGGUCAAUGCACUGUAUGAUUGUUCAGGUCCUUCUAAUGGUUGGAGCUCAUGGAGUGACUAUGGCCCUUGUGUAAGAAUUCGAAGAUGCACAAAAAUUCGUCAAAGGUUUUGCUCGUCUUCAGAUGUCUCAAAUUGUCCUGGAGCUAACGCAAAGGGCUUAGAAAAAGAAACCGCCCAAUGCAGCCCUAGUGAAUGCAAUGCAGUGCUUAAGGAUGAUUGUAAUUUCGACCAAGAUAUGUGUGGCUGGAAGGCCAGAUCGCGGACAAACACUUUGUCGUGGACCAGAAGGUCAGGCUCAACACCAAGUUCUAACACAGGACCUAAUAGUGACCAUACUUCAGGUUUAGGAUCAUAUGUGUAUGUGGAAGCCUCUUCGUCAACUACAAAAGGUCAGACAGCUACCCUGGUCAGUAAGGUCUUCCCUCCCGCACCUUCUGGUCGCUGCAUGAGUUUCUUCUAUCACAUGUACGGUGCAACCAUGGGGUCGCUUAACGUGUAUAUCAAAAGCUCUUCCAGUCCAGUUCUAUCCAGGGUAUUCAAGAUUAGUGGCGACCAAAAGAACAAGUGGCAUCAAGCUUUGAUUAAUAUUUCAAACAUGUUCUAUACGUACAAGGUUGUAUUUGAAUCUGUCCGAGGGUCCUCGUAUCUUAGUGACAUCGCGCUUGAUGACAUUACAUUUACAAAAGGCCCUUGUCCGAAAAGAUAGAGUAUAAUCAUGAUGACACAACAAAUGGAUCGAGCCCGGAAGCACGCUAAAUAAAUGCUAUGGCAUUAGUAAAUAAUUGUGG